AUGCGUAUACUCUUGUACAUAUUAGAAUCUGCUGAAUUUGUCGAAAAUAUUCAGCAUGGUAUUAACGCCGAUGAUAAUGGAACUGGAGACAUUAUCAGUAACGAUAACAAAUUAUAUAAUGAUGUAUCACCAGGUAAUAUUCAAUUAUCAAAGUCUGUCGGUGUUAUCAACGCAUUAUCAAAGCAAUUACAACUUGUAUAUCCAUUAGAAGAAACAUUUCGGUUACGGUAUAAAAGUGAUUAUUUUCCACAAAAUGGUCAUGUUAGAAAACCACGUUAUGUUUCAGAUGGUGUCGGAAAUCAUUUUGUAUCGUUAAAAAUACCUGCGGAUUAUAUAAAUAAUCUUACAAAUACAUAUAUUCGUGUGGCAUGGUUAACUGGACUCGUCAAUGAUAAACACUAUUAUAGUCCAUACAAAUUUCAAACAAAUAAUUAUAAUUCAAAAACUCCCGAUGAAAAUCCCAUUUACGUACCGGUUAAUAAUAAUGCACUCGACGAUAAUGUGAUGAAAUUACAUUUGGUUCUGAUCAGAUCUAAGCUUGACCAGUUGAAACAAGCACAACCCUUAAAAUCAUUUAUUUUGUCAGAAGCUGAAAACGUGACUUCAAAGCCAUUAAAUCCUAAAGAUCUAAUUGAAACAUAUAAAUUAGAAAAAUCUCAUUUGGCAUUUACACUAUGUACGAAACAAAACGAUAAUACCUAUAUUCCACAUAUUAAAACAACAGUUAUGUCAGACAUAAUGACAGAAGAAUCGCUAUUAAAGCCUACCGGUAUGAAUACACAUCCUACCGAGAAACGACAGUUGUCAACUAAACAAACCCAUAAAUUUGCGUGCCCAAAUUGUGCACAUUGUUUUAUUUUAAUACCACCGAAUAUAGAACCAUUUCUACCGUAUCAAAGCGAACUUAAAAUUUUAUCUGGUAAACGUAAAAUAAAUAAUCGAGUAUCAUCGAUCAAAAAGUUAUCUCAACAUUAUAUGUAUGUUUUAUUGUAUUUAAGUUAG